AUCAAUAUUACCAGUCACCAAAAUAACUCUCUUUUCUCAAUGGCUUUUUUUUUCUUCCUGAAAAUAAACCCUGUUUGGUAAAAUACACACCUGAGUGGUUUUGUUUUUUAGUUGUUUUGUGUAAAUUCAUUUCAUUUUUUUCUCUUGAACUGUACUUUAGUGUCCAUUUUUAGUCAUAAAGUAGAAAUUUGUUUUUAACACCAUCAUACAAGACAGAUGAAAAGUAUAUAAACUUUAAAAUGGCACCAAAAAGUAACACCAAAACUUCAGGAGUAAAAUAACUUGUCGUGUUAAUGACAAUUAUAGCCGGUUAAACACAUGAUAUAGGUCACAUAAUAGUAUGUUUAGUAAAAAGUUUCUUAAUGUAGCAAUUGAGCAUACUGGAAUUGAACCCUGUCCAAUGGGAAAAUGGAGCCGUCCCUCGUCCAGUGACAUGCGCAGUGCGCACAACGUAAGUCGGUCAUUCCGCAGGUCGGACUAUUGACGCGUUAGUAGUAGUGAAACCGGUAAGCUGAAGCUCUGUUGGUUUCGACAGUGCAGUGGUAUCUAUAACAUCGAUAUGAAUCACUGCUACAGACCUGAUUUGAUACAUUGUGUGAUCUGACUUACCUGUGAACUCUCCAAUAACAUCAGACACACAACUGCCUUUUAACUCGUCUGAAGUUUAGCACAGUUCGCUGAUGACUGAGUCGCUCGUAAAUGUAUCUGUUUUGUUUUUAGUAUCCGAGUUUUAAUAAUAUUGACUUUGUCCAUGCGUUUUGUUGCUUUCUGUUUUUACGCGUCGCGACUCGGCUGAUUCCUUCGGACGCGGAGGAGGAGACAUAUUUACCAGUUCUCUCUCUGUCUCAGCGAUGGCAGACGUGGCCAGGCCUGCAUCCCCCUCUCCGUCUAUCUCUCUCCUGGAGAUUAAAGCGGAGACUCGGAUGGUGCUGAAGUCUUUCCUGCGUCACUCGCUCUCGAUUCCUCCUGAUGAGAGGCCCGGAAGGAUAGGAGGAGAAUACAGAGACCCACACAAAUACAGUGCCUCUACAAAAGAUAAGAUAAGGAAAGAUGCCAAUGGAUGGGACUCUUUGGAUGAGGAGAUCAGUGCCGCAGAGGAGAAGAAACACGGAAUUAAAAAUUUCAUAAAAAGAAGACUGAGAACCCGUUCAUCCACAAUCCGCCAUGAUAAGAAAGAAGGUAGCACUGAUCCAAGUCCAAACAACAGCCUGGAGAAGCAGAGUCAGUCGGGCCAGUCUGACAAGCCAUCGACAAAUGGAACACACAGUUUACCCAGAAAAAUGGAGGAAGAGAUAUGCGCUCCAUCAUCCGCGUCUGAAGAGGAAGGCGACAGAAAAUCAGGGGACAGAAAUAAGAAAAAGAAGAAAAAACUGAAAAUAUCUGACAUACUCAAAAAAGUGUCUUUUAAAAAAGAAGAGCCUCGUCCUCGGCGCCCGGCCACACUGCCUUUAAAAGAUCCUUCAGAUGGUCCACAAUCUGGGGAGCAUCUUGCUUCACCGUCCCAUCCUCCUGAGUUUUAUAACGGUGUGGCAGAUACUUUGGACAGAAUUGCACAGAAACACAGUGUGAAAAAGAAAUCCCCCGUUAAACCAGAGCCUGUGCCAAGUCCACCCAAAGUAAAUGACAAAGAAGCUGUGGUUCAACAGCUCGUUCAGAUAUUGACUACAGAGGGGGAUGCCAUGAACGACAAGAUAAACGGCAACCCCUUCCUGCGGUCCACCCUCACUCGCCUCUCCUACCCAUCUUUUGCCAAACUCCUUGACACGUACGCCAGUCAGAGUGAAGAACCUCCCGUUCCUGCACCAGUAAGCCCUACGCUGCGCCGUCUCGCCAUAACCAUGGAUGUGUCUCGUCGAGUCGUGACAGCAACUGGAGUUCAGCGUCUGACAGGCUAUGCUGAACGCUACAUGGAAAACUUUGCACCAUGGGUGAGGAGCCACGGAGGAUGGGAUAAAAUUGCACAAUUGGAUGAGGUCCUAGAGUUUGAUUGACCUUGGACCUUUUCAUUAUGAACUCUGAAUCAUGUAGCAUGACCUCUGUGAGGCGAAGAAGAAGAGAAGAACCAGCCAUCUGGGGAACUGACACUACUUGAUUAGAAAGAUGUAUUUAUUCUUUUGUAUUUUGGAUGUUUUACAAAUUUUUAUGUGCCAUUUUAUACCGAAAUACAUGAUGACAAUCAUC